AAAGGAAAAGAGUGGGCAGUCGGACGGCGAAGGGAACUAGUGCCAGCCAGUGGGCGCAGGCCCAGAUCAGUUCGCAGGGUCCCGCAGCCAUCCGAACCUGCAGCCCAGCCUGGGCGGAAAAGGGGUCAUGCUACAGGAGCUCUUGAUUCACCAACCAGAGGAACCCAUUCAGUUUAUGUUGAAUCACUUGCGCCGAGACAAUGAUAUGGUGCCAAGGAUUUUUAUAUUGGGCCCACCUGCCUCUGGGAAAACGACUAUUGCAAUGUGGCUUUGUAAACAUUUAAAUGCCAGCCUCAUCACGAAGCAGAACUUAAUAAGAAAUGAAUUUUCAAUAAUAGCUGCUAAAGCAGCUACAAUUUUUGGAGCAAACCAGGCAAUUCCUGAUUCAAUGCUGAUGGAAUUGCUCGAGGAACGUCUGGCAAAUGAUGAGUGUGUCUCAAAGGGCUGGAUUUUGGAAGGCAUUCCUGAAACUCGAGAACAGGCAUUGAUGAUACAGACUUGUGGAAUCUCUCCCAGGCAUGUCAUUGUGCUGAGUGCUCCAGACACUGUCCUGAUUGAGAGAAAUUUGGGCAAACGGAUUGAUCCUUUUAAUGGAGAGGUUUAUCACACAACUUUUGACUGGCCCUCGGAUGCUGAAGUGCAGAGCCGGCUAAUGGCACCGUUGGGCAUCUCAGAGCAGGAAACGGCCAAGAGGCUAAUGGAAUAUCACAAGAACAUUACUAGGAUUCUCCCUUCUUAUCCUAAAAUUUUGAAGGUUAUCAGUUCUGAUCAGCCUUGUGUGGAUGUCUUCUACCAAGCUCUAACCUAUGUCCAAAGCCAGCACCGGUCGAAUGCUCCUUUUACUCCAAAGAUUUUGCUUUGUGGACCCACGGGCAGUGGGAAAAGUCUUCAGGCAGCUCUCCUUGCUCACAAAUAUGGCAUUAUCAAUGUCUGCUGUGGGCACCUGCUGAAAGAAGCAGUUGCAAGCAACUCAAAUAUUGGAGAAUUCAUCCGGCCAUUUUUUGAACAGGAAAUGCAAGUUCCUGAUCAAAUCAUCAUAAGAGUCCUGAUAAACCGCCUCAGUAAACAGGAUUGUAUUCGCUAUGGAUGGGUGCUUCAUGGUUUCCCUCAAGACUUAAACCAAGCAACUCUCCUGGAUAGUGCGGGAUUCAUGCCCAACAGGGUGUUUUUUCUGAAUGUACCGUAUGAUUCUGUCAUUGAACGGUUAACUCUAAGAAGAACAGAUCCAGCCACAGGAGAAAGAUAUCACCUCAUGUACAAGCCACCUCCAACCAUGCAGAUCCAGGAGCGUCUCAUGCAGCACCCAGAGGAUACAGAGGAGAAAGUGAAGCUCAAAAUAGAUGCGUUCUAUAGAAAUUCUUCUUUGCUGGAAGACUUCUUUAAUGAUGUCAUUUAUGUCAAUGGGGAUCAAGAUCCUUACACUGUCUUUGAAUACAUAGAGAGUGGGAUCAUUUUGCCUUUGCCCACUAAAGUCACAUUAUAAGCAGAAAACCCACUGGGUUUUACUUUUAUGUAGUAACAUCCAACAAGAAUAUGUAUUAAUUUCCCUGAGUAUUUUAGAGCCAUGGCAAAUUAAAUAAAUAGUGCAUAUUAUCACUCCUUUGCAGAAUAAAAUGAUCGGAAAUGCUCUUGUUUAGGGGACCUGAGAAGAAAUAGAAAGGGAAGACAAGUGUAUGGGGAUGUCUUGAUUUUCCUAAGAACUUAGUAGGCAGAAAAAAAAAACACCUUACUGUGGGACAUACUAUCUUUCAUAUUAAAUGCUAAUGGACCUGUGA